AAAAGUUUUAGGUUAGGCGUCGCGUCAUUGCGGUUUCCAAUUGUUUUUCUCGUAUUAUGUAGUGUUAGUGGUCCAAAAUGAGUUCCCCGAGCAAGGAAACCGAGGAGCCGUCGUCGAGUUCCGCGGCCGUGCCGAAUGGGGCGGGCGGCGACGGCUGCAGCGGCGAAGAGAAGGCGGAGGGCCCGCGGCCGCCCGCCAAGCGGCCGUUGUCGACGCCAGUCAUCGAGAUCUCGGACACGGACAGCGACGACUCGGACGUGUGCGCUGUCAAGUCGUACCAGGCCACGGCCGACGAGGUGAAGCGUAUCCGCGGCGCAGACCAAGACUACUCCUCAUCCUCCUCCUCCUCCUCGGACUACAGUUCGGACUCCGAGUCCGCCUGGGAGGAUGACUCGGUCCUCGUUGAGAGUGAGCCCCCGCCCGCUCGGCUGGUGUGUGCACAGCUCAACCCUAGAGCUAAUAGGAUGGACGACCCUACACUUAACCCUACUAUUAAGUCACAAGAACUCAUAGACAAAUUCAAAACUCACUGGACGGAGCAGAAAGACUUGUCCAUCCCCGAACUUACAUUAACCUGCUCCCCAUUCCGGCUCGGGCUCCUCCAUGGGUUGCUGGCCAACCCGGACAUGAUCAACAACAUAGUAGACGACAUGAACACACUAGACUGGUCGAGGAAGAAGAUGGACUUGUAUGAGUUCCACCAGACUGCAGACCUGGCCAGCCUCACGUGGCAGCGGAGUAUUCGAGGCAUACAUGAGCUGCUGAAGACUGAAGUUAUGAGCUGGGUAUCCGCAGUGACGGGUCUCGAGCUAACAUCGGUAUCAGCGUCCUGUUCCCUCUACGGUCCCGGCGACCACCUGCUGGUGCACGACGACCUGCUCGGGAGCCGGCGCGUCGCCUUCAUACUGUACCUGGCGCCGUGGACCUGCCCUCCUCAACGGGAUCAAAAUGGAGACGAUCACGUGGACGUGGACAACGACACAGGUUGGAGCGCGCACAUGGGCGGAGCCCUAGAGUUGUUAGAGCGCGACGAGGACGGCCGGCCCACGGACGUGGCGCGGUCGGUUCUGCCUGCCAACAAUAUGCUGGCGUUCUUCCAAGUCGGCCCGGAGACUUUCCAUCAGGUCGGCGAGGUGUUGUCGCUGGAGUUGCCGCGGUUGUCCAUCAACGGCUGGUUCCACGGGCGCGCCGGCGCAGAGCCGCCCGCGCCGCCCGAGCCCCCAGCCCCGGACCAGCGCCGCCCCACCACAGACCCGGUGGUGAUGCAAUCGAUGCUGGAAGCGACGUACAUGACGCCGCGCUCCCGCGCCGCCAUUCAAGCGCAAAUGGAGCGGCGCUCCGAGGUGUCGCUGCGGGACCUGCUGCAGAUAGACUUCUACACCAGCUUACUGGAGGCGUUACGGCAAGAAGACCUACCCUGGGAGCGCGCAGGGCCGGGCAACGAGCGGCGCUACCGGCGCCUCCCCCCGCUGUGGGAGGACUCCCUCCCCCUCGAGCACCCCGUCCGGCAGCUGCUCAAGAUGGCGUCCGGCGUGGCGUGGUUCCGCCUCCUCCACGACUGCACGGAUCUCACACUCACCAAAUAUGAGAGGCUUGAGCUGCAGAAGUGGUCUCCGGGGGACUUUACUCUCCUGCCGCCGCGCUCCAUGUACUCGUCGCCGCGGCUGGAGGCGGUGCUGUACCUGGGGCUGCCGGCGCGGCCGGUGUGCGGCGGCGCCACCACGUACCUGGCGCCCGAGGAGCGCCCCGCGGAGCACCCGGAGCCCGACGCCGCGCUAGUCACCGUCCCGCCCGUCUCCAACGCGCUCAGCCUCGUGUACUGCGACGCGGGCGCCGCCGGCUUUACCAAGUACCUCAGCAGAAUGACUAUGGCGCCCCAGGACCACUUCUUCAUGCUCACGUGUACGUACCGGGAGUGACGAACGUGUUGCGGUUGCCUCCGCGUGCGGGAGAGGCAA